AUGGCUAGUGCAAAGGAUACAACAAAUACAAAUUCAUCAUCAUCAUCAUCAUUAUCAACUUGUUGGCAAGCACGUGAUGCUUGGUGGAAAUGUUUAGAUUUAUAUGAUAAUUGUGAAUCAAAAUGUCAAAAACAAAUUGAACAAUUACAUCAUGAUUGUAGUGCACAAAUGGUUCAAUUUUUUGAAGAAAGACGUGCAAAAUUAACACAAGGAAAAACAGAUCGAAAAUUAAUGUUAUCACAAAAUAUUUUGCAUAAUUAUUUAACUGAUUUUCGAAAUAAUGCUAAUCAUAAUUUUUCUUCUCAUCAAACUAGUUUUCCUUUUGAUGAUGAAGAUUAA